AUGCCUGAAAAUCGAGACCCUCUCUCGCUGAGGUCGGAGUCGGGGCAACGGUUCGCCCUUACGGCCUGGCCAGUCGGGGAGCCUUCAGAACGGAUGGUAUCGCUCCCGCCGGGCAGACAGGCAGUGCGAGCAGCGAAAAAGUCUGGGUUUUCUAAAGAACGACAGGCUUCUUCAAGAAAUUCUCUUUUUAAGGUGGCAGAUACAACCUCACCAGGAUCGACCAUCCCACCAGGAGAAUUUGAUUCAGAAGAACCUGAUAUGGUAUACACAGCACGUCAAAAAAUGGCAACUUUAAGUUCCUGUUUUGCCCAGCUAACACAUAAAGCACAAACUAUCUUUCAAAACAGUGCCAAAGUCGAGGCAUAG